UCUUCUCUGAAAAAGCAGAGGAAAGUCGCGGAGCUCAUGUGUCAACAUCCAGGGUUUCCCCCAGGGAGGUGCAGCAUUAACGUUAUUCCACAGGAGAAAAAAACACACACACACACGCACUCUGUGACGUCUCUUUGAGCAGAUUUUACCCUCUACAUCCUUAGAGGCCGCGGCGCAUUUGGUCGUAAAGAAGCUCAAAAAAGACAAUUUUUAUCCGCUGUUGUUUUGACGUUUGCGCCCGUUAUUAUAAAACGAUGAAAGUGCGAAUAUCGCUUCUUAUCCUUUAAAUUUAAAUUUAUUAUCCGGGGACCUGUUAGCUAAGUCUGCUAGCCUGCUAAUUUCACCGAGAGCAGAAGCACGGAGAAGAAGAAACCGCUGCUGACAUGAUGUUUCCCCAAUCAAGACACUCGGCGUCCUCUCAGUCCAGUCAACAGCUCAAGUUCACCACUUCUGACUCCUGCGACCGCAUCAAGGAUGAGUUCCAGUUCCUACAAGCACAAUACCACAGUUUGAAGUUGGAGUGUGAUAAACUGGCCUCAGAAAAGUCUGAAAUGCAACGUCACUAUAUUAUGUACUAUGAAAUGUCAUAUGGGCUGAAUAUUGAAAUGCACAAACAGGCUGAAAUAGUGAAGAGACUUAAUGGCAUUUGUGCUCAGGUGCUGCCUUACCUGUCCCAGGAGCAUCAGCAGCAAGUGAUGGGAGCCAUAGAGAGAGCCAAGCAGGUCACACCCCCAGAGAUGAACUCCAUCAUACGGCAACAGCUCCAGGUUCAACACCUGUCCCAGCUCCAGGGUCUGGCCUUGCCCGUGACCCCCCUGCCCUUGGGACUCACCCCUCCCAACCUGCCCGCCGUCUCCUCCAGCUCGGGUCUGCUCUCUCUCUCCUCCAUCCUGGCCAACUAUUCCCAUGGCCAGGCCCAGGCGGUGAAGGAGGACAAAGCCCGGGACGCUCCGGAGAGAGCGCCCCGAGGAGACGACGGGGACAAGUCAGAUUAGCGCUGAUGCAGUGAGGAGGUCUGGAGGUGAAAGUGUAAAGUGUUGUAAAAGAAAAAAAAAAAAAGAGUUGAAAAAGUCGUGAGUGUGAGUGGAGAUUGAUGCAAGUCUGGCUGCCUGAGUGCUUUUGGUGAGAAACCCCAGAGGAAGAGUGUGGAAAGUCCUUGUUUGGUGGCGAAAGGCUCAGUUCAGGCUUCUAGACGUGAAAUAAUUACUUUUUUUUUUUUUUGUUAGCGUGAGCCUCUGUUGUAAGGCCUAACUAAGAAUAAUACAUUUGCUAUUUGUGACGAGAGCCGAGGCCGAAAGCUAACAGUGGUCUCCCUAACAUGGAUCUGCCUCACACAGGGUUAUUUUUCUUCCAAUUAUUAUCCGAUUUGCAUUCUUGCAUUUUCCUAAGUUCUUUGCUAAUUGUCCCUUUUGCGCCCAUCUCCCAGUCCCUGUCAGGUGACUCCUUAGAGGGUCACUUUAAUCCCCUGUUUCUAUGUCAGUUGGAACUUCAAAGUUCAAAGACUAAAGGCUGAAAACCUAAUAUGAGUCCACCUUAGGCUGUUAGAUGUAGUUACCCCAAAAAUCCACAGAGGGAGCUCUAAGGGUGUAAGCCUGUAAAAAAAAAAAAAAGAAGAAAAGAAAAGAAAGAAUCGGCUGUUAAAGAUUAUAUUUCAAUUUUGACAGUCCCACAGUGCUGUGUUCCACAGUACUUAGAUCCUGGACUUUUGAUGCCUCUGUGCCUGCCCACGCUAUCAUUGCAGCUGGCCAGACACACUUCCUACAGACUACAAGCCCACUCUGAAUCUAAAGAGAUUAGUAGCUUUGGCAACAAUUGGUGUCAAAUGCUGAUACCUGUUUGUGAAAUCCCAGAAGUCUGCAUGGUUUUCUGCAGCACAGAAGCCUGACGAAGCAGGAUUUUAUAAGCGUAGGGUAAACUGUGUUCAUGCAUCAGACCUUGGUUGCAUCACAGUUACUGUUGGGAGGAAAGCACAACAAUCGUCAAAACAAAUGUGUCACCCAAACACCUAAGUAGCAGCAUAUUUUUUAAUUCAAGGCUUAAGGAACCUGAAAUGAACCUGCUUUCCAACAGUGUUGUUCUCUGGCUAUUAAUGCCUCUGUGCCUGCACAAGAGUGAUUUUCUGCCUUCCUAAUUGCUUUUCCCUGAGUAAAAGUAUUGGAAAAUGGGAAGAACUCACAAGAUAUUUAGAUGCCAAUGCCAGGAGAACAGUAUGUGGAUGAUAUGUUAGGCUCCUCAGAUCUGUUGUUUCACUAAAUAUUCCUCUGAAUUUAGUCGAUGGACAAAAUAAUCUCUUUUUCUGUUUAAAAAUCCCAAAUAUCACCAGUUUCUGUUUCUGUUGGAACAGUAAUAUUGUGCACCAUAGCCAAACCUUUGUUUCGUCAGACUCCUGUUAUUAUUCAAACAUCACAUUUUUAUAUCUAUCACUGGACUAGAUCACCUGACCUCAGUCCAAAUUAAACGCUGUUUCAUUCCUUUAAAAAAAAAAAAAAAAAAAACCCCACCGGCCGUACAGCAUUACUGUUGGUCAUAUAUAACAAGUGAACAACACAGUGUUCAUUUUAUUCUUAAAAUUUGAUUUAUAACUCCCCUAACCAGUUGUAAACAUGCCAGUUACCUCAGUGACUCCACCUUUUGCGACCAUUUCUGGAAAUGGUUCAUAAGAUGCUCCUGCUGUUCAGGGAGGGCGGUUUUGUUUUACUGCAGCAGCUUCAAGUACUCCAUGUAUUGGACCAUGACUUGUCCUAAAAUGACAGGUAUCUACUCUUAAUCAAAAACGUCUUGGUGUGGAGGAUAAAGACUGGCCAUAGUUAGUAAAUAAUUGUCUACGUGUGCUGGAGCGAGUGCAUUUAGAAAGAAGGAAGAAUUGCUUAAUUUAAAACAAUUUUAAGCACCUUUUUGUAUUUCUCUUGCCCCCACUUUGCGUCAACCCUUUGUACGUCAACUGUCAAAAGCAGACGUGAAUGGGAUUCAAACAUCAGAAGCAGACAGUGAAAAAAAACGAAAAAAAAAAAAAAACCCAUGAAAACUGCACUGUAUUUCUGAGUUAGCAAAGCACUUCAGUUUCAACAGAGACUGUAUUAAGCACCUGUUUUCCCCGUCGUGUGUGUGUGUCUGCGAGUGCGUGUGACUGUAUUUGUUUUAAUUUUUCUGUCAUUUUGAUGAAGAAUGUGAGCUGAGUGAAUGGCUAAAGCUCCGGAACAGCUAAAUCACACCAUCAAACAACUGAAAAAAAAAAUCAUUUCGGUGACAAUUAAAAGUGUUAAAACAUUUUCAGACAAAAGCCAUGUCCCAGGUCCAUACGACUUAACGCCGCUGUAGAAUUCACAACUGUGUUAAACUCAACUUUGGUAAAUUGGACUCAAAAUGAACUUGGACUCAGACUUUUUCUCGGUAACCUGACUUCAUGUAUUUACUGCUUUAGCUUAUGUUUAUGCAUCUGACUAGAAAUAAAAUGCUUCAAAAAUCCAAUUUAUCUG